CAGUUGUCACUGGGUCCCUUGCUGUUCAGCACCUCUUAUUCUUCCACAUUUUUGCCAGUUUUAUAAAAAUGGGUUUGGUGCUUUGGUUGGGACAGCACUGAAUGAGGAAAUUAAUGCAGGUAGAUCUGACUUCAGCUGGGUGAAGAGCGUUUGUAGUUGUGCUCAUAGAGUUCCUGGGUUUGUCUUGGCAGGGGGACUCCCAAAUAUCUUAUGCCAUCUGUGGCCGGGUGUUCUGCCCCUUUUGCUGGUGUCACUGGGAUCUUCCCAGUUCACAGGGCCUACCGCCUCUGGGCUAACCCUGCUCCUCCUCUUGGGGACUGUCCUGUACCAUCUGCCCUAUGGCUGCUCUGACUCCAAGAGUGGGCAGCCCUGGGGAGGGCCCAGACUGCUGACCCACUUCUGGAAUUCUGCUGGCGGGAGGGGGAGAGGGGAAGGGCUUGGGUCCUGCAGUUUCAGGAUGAGUGGACAGUGCCCCCUGCUGGGCUUCCGGGAGGAUUGAGCAGAACUAGGAAGCCAUAGAUUUAGGCUCUGUGUCUGGAGCAGGCCUAGACUACCCUGGGAAGUCUUCAGGUCGAGCCCGAGGAUGGCCCUAAGCCUGGCAGACUUAUGUCCUGUAAGUGCCUUGAGGAUUUUGUGUUGACAUUCUGUGCCCUGGCCUGGUGCCCAGCCCGUGGAACCAUUGAAUGCAGACAGCUGGGCUGAAGAGACCUGACCUUGGCCUUCCAUGCUGCCUCUAUCAUCAUGCUGGCUUGCCACCCCACAAAGGGCCUGGGCUCAGCCUCCCCCUUUUUUUCAGAGAAGGAGCCCAAACCCCAGCUCUGGGGUUCUUCUCAGCUCUUCUGUUUUCUUUCUGUAAGCCUGGGAGCCCCAGGUGCCCCGACUAGUCCGGUCUUCCCCAGAGGACCCGGCGGACCCUUGGCCUGAUUCCUCGGGCAUGGAGGGUCAUCUUGCAGAAGAGGGCCGCUGGUCAAGGAUGAGAGGGAAGGUGGGCCCUGCUGGUCUGGGGCUGCAGAGGAUGGAAGAGAGUGAAGGCUUGUCUCCCUGGCUCAGCAUCCUUAGUGUGGAGAGAGCUUGAGCACCUUCUUGGGAGACAUGGGGUGACACUCCCUCACCCACCAUGAGUCUGGAGAUUCAGUGUGAGGAUCUGAGCAGUACCCGAUGGACAGAGAUCCUUCCAUCCAUGCAGCAGUACGGUGUCAUCAGGCUCGAUGACUGUGGCCUCACAGACACCAUGUGUGCCAACAUCAGCUCUGUGCUGCAGGCCAAUUCCUCGCUGACAGAACUCAGCCUGCCCAAUAAUGAGCUGAAAGAUGAGGGGGCCCAGCUGGUGCUGAAGGGUCUGCAGAAUCCCAACUGCAAGAUACAGAAACUCAGUCUGCAGAACUGCAGCAUCACAGGCGCUGGCUGUGAGCUGAUCCUGAGCCUGCUGCGAACAAAGCCCACCCUGAGGGACCUUCAGCUGAGUGACAACCACCUGGGUGAUGAAGGCAUGAAGCUGCUGUGUGAAGGCCUGAUGGAUCCCCGGUGCAGCCUGGAGAGGCUAGAGCUGGAGUACUGUGAGGUCACCACAGCCAGUUGUGAAGCUCUCUCCUCUGUGCUCAAAGCCAAGGGCUCCCUCCAGGAACUGACUCUGAACAACAAUGAGCUGGGCGAGGCAGGCGUCGUUCUCCUCUGCCAAGGACUGAUGGACCCCAACUGUAAACUGCAAGUCCUGAAGCUAGAGGGGUGUGGAGUCACCUCUGCUAAUUGCAAGGACCUCAGCAUGGUGCUCCAGACCAAGGAAUCCCUGCAGGAGUUGUGCCUGGGAGAAAACAAGAUUGGAGACGCCGGCUUGGCCCAGCUGUACCAGGGGGUCCUGAGCCCAACCUGCAGGCUGAAGACCUUAUGGCUGUGGGAGUGUGACAUCACGGCCGAGGGCUGCAAGGUCCUCGCCCAGAUCCUGAUGGGCAAACCCUGCCUGAAGAAGCUGAGCCUCAUCUGUAACCUGCUGGGCGACGAGGGGGCAGAGCUGCUGUGCCAGGCGUUGGUGGACCCCAACUGCCAGCUGGAGGAGCUGUGGCUGAGGACGUGCGGCUUCACGACGGCCAGCUGCGCCAACUUCUGCACCGUCCUGGAGAAGAACCGGACCCUGAGGGAGCUGCAGCUGAGCACCAACAUGCUGGAGGACGAUGGCAUCGAGCAGAUGAGCAGGGGCCUCAUGCACCCGGACUGCAGCAUCCAGAGUCUGUGGCUGGGGGAUUGUGAGCUCUCGGACAAGUGCUGUGGGACCCUGGCAGCCAUCCUGCUCGCCAACCAUACUCUGAAGGAGCUGGACCUUAGCAACAACAGGAUGGGCGAUGAGGGCAUCAGGCUGCUGGUGGCCAGCCUCAAGGAGCCCAGCUGCACCUUGGAGCAGCUGGUCCUGUUUGACAUUUACUGGACAGAGGAGGUGGACAAUGAGCUGACGGCUCUGAAGGAGUCCAAACCCAGCCUGCGAAUCACGUCGUGAUGGGCCCGCCUCUCCAGCUUCUUGGCCCCGCCCACACUAACCUUCCACUGUCCCUUGGGAGGGGGUCAGGAGGAGGAGCAGGAGCAGGAGCAGGGGGAGGGGGGCCUUGGGGAUGGGGGGCUCUUACUUGUCUGCUUUAGACCCGAAAUUGAGCUACGGUUUCAUAGCUUCCUCGAGAAGCACCAACCUUUUCAAUCUUGUUUUUCUGCUGGAGAACAGAAACGCUUCCUACUUUAAUAAAGCAUCUCUUGGACCUAG